UUUCCUCAUAACCUUAUGACAAAGGUGUUGUUAUCCUUAAUUUACAGAAGUGGAAACUGAGACUUAGGUUAAGCAAUUUGCUAUUGAUUUAGGUAGAAAGUGGCAGAGCUGGGAUCUGAUCCUUGCUCUGACUCAGUUCCUGAAAUGUCACUGGUGAGAAGCCCUGAGGCAGCAUAGGAUAGUGGGUAAGAACAUGGGCUAUAGAGUUAAUUACACUUGGGUUCAAAUUUUGUGCUACUUAUUGGCUGGGUGACCUUGGACAAAUUGCUUAAUCUCUCUGAGCCUCAGUUUCUCAUAUGUUAACGGGGACUAUACCCUCACAUAAUAAUUUGUUUUGCAGAGAAAAUAAGGCAAUGCAUUAUAAAUGUAUGGCACAGUGCUUGGCCCUGAUAAGCUUUCAAUCAAGGUAGCUAUAAGCCAAUAAUUAGGGAUGUUGGUCUGAGAGGAUCAGCUACGUGGAGUUAUCUAUGCAGAAAGUGUUGGGCCCUUACCAUAUCAAUACUAGGAAGACCUAUAUUGAAAAGAGUCAGAGCUGGCCUUGCUUGACCAUUGCAUUCCUAGAACUACUUCUCUCCCAACAGAUGAGAAGUCGGAGGCAAGUCCAGCCUCAGAUUCCCUGGCUGACUCAGGCCCAGAAGACAUGGCUCCUGCCCUGGAGGACUCCCUGUCCCAGGAGGUGCAGGAUUCCUUCUCCUUCCUAGAGGACUCAAGCAGCUCAGAGCCUGAGUGGGUGGGGGCGGAGGAUGGGGAGGUGGCCAAGGCAGAAGCAGCAGGAGCCGCCUUCUCCCCUGGGGAGGACGACCCUGGGAUGGGCUACCUGGAGGAGCUCCUGGGAGUUGGGCCUCAGGUGGAGGAGUUCUCUGUGGAGCCACCCCUGGAUGACCUGUCUCUGGAUGAGGCGCAGUUUGUCCUGGCUCCCAGCUGCUGUUCCCUGGACUCGGCUGGCCCCAGGCCUGAAGUAGAGGAGGAAAAUGGGGAAGAAGUCUUCUUGAGUGCCUAUGAUGACCUAAGUCCCCUUCUUGACCCCAAAACCCCAACCUGGGAGGCUGCAGAGAGUCUGGAGGAAGAGGCAGCAGGGUGCAGAAGGCAGGCUCCAGGACAGGCUGAGGAAGAGCAGGCAUGCUGCGCAGUGGGAGAGGACAAGGAGGCUGAGCCUGGAAGCAGAUGGGAUAUCAGGGAAGAGGCUGAAGGGAGUCCAGAGACUGAGGUGGAGGCUGGAAAGGGUGGUGAGGACAGAGGUGAGGCUGUAGGAAGCCAAGAGACAAUGGCCAGUUUGAGAGAAGGGAGUGGGGAAGAGACAGAGGCCAAGGAAGAAAAGUCCAAAGGUCAGAAGGAGGCUGAAAGUACAGAAGAGAUUAAGGGUGUGGAGGAACCAGGAGGAGAGCAGGAUAAAGACAAAGAGAAGGAAAGAGAGAUUGAGAAAGAAGAAGAGGCUGAGCAAGGAGAGAAAGCCCAGGUAGAAGAUGGAAGGGACCCAGAGCACAGGACCCAGGAACAUGAAGUUGCUGAGGAAAACUGGGAAGUUGUACACAAACAAGAAGCUAAGGGAGACAGAGAGGAUGAAGUCAAAGAACAGAAGGGGAACAGGGACCCUGAGGCAAGAGAAGACCAAGGAGAUGGUGAAGACAGCAGAAGUCCAGAAGCAGCUGAAGGAGGAGCAGGGGGAGUCAGCAAGGAAAGGGAGAGUGGGGAUGGAGAAGCUGAGGGAGACCAAAGGGCUGGAGGUGACCAUUUAGAAGAGGGUGCCCUCUCUGAAGGUUCAGAUGUAGAAUCCUUGGAGGCUGACUGUGCCAAAGAUGGCAAUGCCCAGUCUUCUGAGAUGGAACAGGUAGCCCCACAGCCACCUCCUCCAGAGGAGAUGGAACCUGAGAGGCAGCCCAGUCCAGAGAGCUGUAAUCUGUGCCCCUGUCCCCUUGGCUCCACUGGUGGUGUGGGCAUGCGCCUAGCUUCCACUCUGGUUCAGAUCCAACAGGUCCGCUCUGUGCCUGUGGUGCCCCCCAAACCACAGUUUGCCAAGAUGCCCAGUGCAAUGUGUACCAAGAUCCAUGUAGCACCUGCAAACCCAUGCCCAAGACCCGGCCGGCUUGAUGGGACUCCUGGGGAAAGGGCUUGGGGGUCCCGGGCUUCUCGAUCUUCUUGGAGGAAUGGGGGCAGUCUUUCCUUUGAUGCUGCUGUGGCCCUGGCCAGGGACCGCCAAAGGACUGAGGCUCAGGGAGUUCGGCGGACCCAGACCUGUACUGGGGGUGGGGACUAUAGCCUCAUCCCCAGAACCUCCCCCUGUAGCAUGAUGCCUGCCCAUUCUCCUUGGCCCCUUAGCUGCAUGGAGCUCCCAUCUGAAGGCACAGAAGAGUCUGGACCCCGAAGUCGGCUUAGUCUGCCCCCCAGAGAACCUCAGCUUCCUGACCCUCUUUUGCCCCCCCAGCGCCGAUCAUAUGCAUUUGAAACACAGGCUAACCAUGGGAAAGGUGAGGGACUGUGAUUAAGAUAAGAGCCCUGGGCAAAGGGGACCAGUAUAUUGUCUUGAAUCUCCAGGGUCCCUGACUAGCUAUCUCUUCUGCAGCCUGAGCAGCUGUAGUGCCCAACUCUAUAGGCUCUGGCUCUCCUACUUUCUCUUUUGACUGUGGGAGGCACUGCCUUGGUUGGUUUACGUGAGGUUGUCUCAGACACAAAGUACUUAUCUCUUAGGAGAUUCCCAAGAAAGUCACCAAGAUCCUGUUCCCAGGGAGUGGGGUCAUUGGCCAAAGGGAACAUAGGGUAGGCAAAAAACUUGGGUUUCUCAAAGUGAAGACCAGAGGGAGGAUUCCAGCCAAGUUCCUGCCGUCUUCUGAGGCUGUGAAUUUCUCUUCAUUGGAGCCCAGGGUAGAGAUGGAAAGGAGAGUUCCAGGUCAGAGUCUUCCAUAUACUUCUAGAGUUACCCAACCUUGUUCUAUUCCUGAACUCUUAGAUGCUUCCUGAUCCUUUUAGCUCCAGGUUAGGAGGAACAUAUCCAGGGAGCUCUUUGAAGCCCUCAGUGUUUGCUGGAGGGAUGGACCCCUCUCCAGCUCCCCUACCUUCUGCCCCCAGGGACCACAUGGAAGAGAGGUUCUGUACAGAUCUCUCUGGCCUCUCCUUUUCCCUUUGGGAUAACUUUCACCUAUUUCAGGAAAAGGGAAUUGUGUCACUUAGGCUCUGGGACUGCAUCCCCAGAAAGGCUGGGGCCAUACACUCUAGUAAGGGCCAAUGUCUCAGAAUAAAAUAUGUAUUUUUACAUGUA